AUGCAGAACUCCCAGGAAAGCGAACCUAUGGAGAACAAGAAGAGAGAGAUUGUCGGCCACUUUAUGAAUAGCCUCAAACUCUCUCCCAGCACGGAAGUGGAAGAAGAAAGGCUGUGGCAUAUAGAACAGGAUGAUGAAGCAACUCAUCUUCCAGACAGUUUUGAGCCCCUAAUGGCAGACUAUACCCAGGCACUUAAUGCUGAAACCCACAAAGAGAGAUUAAUUCAACCUAGACUGGAUUCUAUUUUGCUUUUGCUAUUAGCGGCAGUGAAGAAAAUGGACCAGAUCAGUGAGCAUGAGAUAUCUGCCGGCGAAUCAACACUUAGCUGGGAUGAAGCUAUUCAGAUCUCUGGAGCACCCUACUGGGGCUUCCAAGAAACAUUCACCAUUCCCCACAUUGUUGGUUGGAAAUCUCAUACCUUGGAGACUAUAGUUAACUAUGUUUUAUGGUAUGGGACUCGGAGAAACUUGGAAACAAAUUUGGUCGUUGUCAGGUGUGACACCAUCAUGGACAGUGAGAGCUGGCGGGCUCUGGCAGCUAUGUCAAUCGUCCAUCGUACCCGAAAAGAUGCUGGCAAAAACGGAGAGAUCUAUGGAAUCUGUACAGAUAGCUACAUGUGGACUUUCUUGCACUUCAGUGACCAUAGUCAGGUCUCCAAAUUAGUUUUGCGCUGGAGCGAUGGCCAGCAGAAAAUUAUCAGUCAAAUUUGCAAAAUCAUCAAACAAGCGACCAUCCACAAUGCAGAACGAUUAAAAUAUCCAGCCCAGGAAGAUGCUAUUCUAGACAAAACAGGGGAUGCAGAGGCUAUUCAGCAUGAAAAGGAGGAGCAAUCAGAUGAUGAUUAG